CUCGUCCACCACACUCCACAUCAACAUCAACAUGGUGGUCUACUACGCCAAGCAGUGCGAUACCGUCAUGGAGAAGCUCGGCUUCCGCGGCAAGACGCUCGCCAUGGACGUCGACUCGAGCAAGGGCGCCUUCACGUGCAUGAACACCAACACAACGUAUGCGAUCGACGACAUCCUCGAAGCCAAGUGGACCAACAACAUGAACCUCAAGCUGCGCAUCCAGAAAGACGGCGAGCUCCUCAAGCAGCGCCUUGUCUUUGAGUGCCAAGCCGACCUUUACUUUUUCCUCGUCGAGCUCGGCUUCCAGCCCACCAAGCACGACGGCGAAGUCCGCCGCGGCUCGUUCUGCGCCUCGUCGCUCUCGUCGUCGUCCGGCUCCAAGUCGUCGCGCCGCAGCAUCUAAAAUGGCCGACGACGAUCUCCAUCGCCAUGGUAGCGAUCCCGCUGUACUCUAGAAGAAUUAUUAUUUAACAUAUCAACAAAUGCCAGCAAGGCGAUAUCCACCGCAUA